AGGACGUUCCUUUUGCCAUGUCUAGCCUUCUAUCGGACCGGUUUUUCAUGGUUGCAGACGAAGGGUUACCGUAACCUUCUACUUCGACUCUUCAAGUUUCAACACUGACUUACUAAAUUUUCCCUUCUGGAGACCGGAAAUGCCGUUGACAUCCGCCCAUGGACAGGGAGGCUAACCUUCCGGUUCCAUCAGCUUCGGUGACCAAUAAUCUAAUCCGUCCUAUCUUAAUUCAGGAAACGUCGUCGUCUUCUUCUUCAUCCAUUUCUUCGUGCUCUUCGCCGGACUUCCUCCGGCAUGUUCAAGCCGCCUUUAAGCGCCACCGACCUCUCGGUAAAAUGCAGAGCAAUAACAUAGGGCCCAAGCGUAGUGUGGUUCCUCAACGUGUAGCGUCUAGAAACUCAGUGCCAGAUGUGGAUACUUUAGCAGAUAGAAAGAAGUCAGAUUCAUUAAAACAGAAUCAAGCUGCAAAGGUUUUAAUCACGCACACCAAGAAUACAACUGUUGUUGGGGAAUCUCAUGAAGAUGCAUCGGUCACACCACCUUCCAUUUCAGGCACUAUCACUAGCGCUUAUGAUGAUAACCUGAUACCAUUUGGUUUGCAGAGAGAUUUCAAGCCUAUUAUUGUUUCUAAAGAGAGCAAUCCAUCUGUAGAAUCUCAACUCGUUGAUGGCCAGAAAAAAGUCCAAUUUCUAACUGGAGAUGAUGCCAAUGGUCAAGAAAUGGAAUGGGAUGCAAGCAAUCAUAUGGAGGCAUCAGCCAUAACUGUCAACAAAGAGCCAAGGCAACAUAAUCCUCAAACCAUGGAAUCUGAAAUCAGUUUGAAGUCCCAUGGAGCUUCUUCACUUGUAAAGAGAACGAUGUUUGUUCAGGAUCAGCUGCACCAAUUCAGUAACUUUUUAAGCCAACCUGCCACUCAAUCUUCAGUUGUGGGGUCAUCGUGUGCUACUACAAUAUCAAUACACUCCACUUCAGCACCCAUGCUUAAUUCGACAACCUACGUCUCUUGUUCUCAUCAAGAAGGUAGUCUUCAAGCAGUGCCUGAACCUUUGGGAGAUUUCAAUGUGAACUCUGAACCUAUAAAUCGAGAAAAUGCAAUGCCCUCGUCAUUUUCUUCAGUCAAGGACACAAGUGCUAUGUUGGUUGAUCAAGCAGUUACAGCAGAGGCAGCUACCUCUGCUAUCGACACCCAGGUAGAAGUUCAGGAAUGUGAUAAUGUUAGGCAGAAACAGGACAUUAAGGUGAAGGAAAAUGAAGUUCCAAGGAGUUCUCAUCCUAACUAUGAUAAGUCAAAAAAAAAUCCAGGAUUUUCAGUGAAUGUGAAUGACGUCCAACCUCAUGCUUCAUUGCCCAAAAAAUUGCCUUCAGACUUGAAAUUAGAGCCUUAUAAGCAGGAAAAGCAAGAAAAGGUUGCAAGUGGCAAAGGGGCCUCAGCACCUCGUAAACGUAGUUAUGAUCCUGACUUGUUCUUCAAAGUCAAUGGAAAGUUCUAUCAAAGGCUUGGGAAGAUAGGUAGCGGAGGAAGUAGUGAAGUCCACAAAGUUAUCUCUUCUGAUUGUACAAUAUACGCACUUAAGAAAAUCAAGCUUAAAGGUCGUGAUUAUGCCACCGCAUAUGGGUUUUGCCAGGAAAUUGAGUAUUUAAACAAGCUGAAGGGGAAGACCAACAUUAUACAGUUAAUAGACUAUGAGGUGACAGAUAAAACUUUGCUCCAGGAAGUCAUGAGUGGCUCCAUGAGUAAUAAAGAUGGCAGAGUCAAGGAUGAUGGAUGCAUAUACAUGGUGCUUGAAUAUGGAGAAAUUGAUCUGGCUCACAUGCUGUCCCAGAAAUGGAAAGAAAUUGAUGGGUCUAAUCAGAUAAUAGAUGAGAACUGGCUUCGGUUUUACUGGCAGCAAAUACUUCAAGCUGUCAAUACCAUACACGAGGAGCGCAUUGUGCACUCAGACUUGAAGCCAGCCAAUUUCCUUCUUGUCAAGGGUUCUUUAAAGUUAAUUGAUUUUGGUAUUGCCAAAGCCAUAAUGAGUGAUACAACUAACAUUCAAAGGGAUUCACAGGUAGGUACUUUGAGUUACAUGUCUCCUGAGGCAUUUAUGUGCAACGAGAGUGAUGCAAAUGGAAAUGCGAUAAAAUGUGGUCGGCCAUCAGAUAUUUGGUCUCUUGGCUGUAUACUUUAUCAGAUGGUUUAUGGGAGGACUCCAUUUGCCGAGUACAAGACUUUCUGGGCAAAGUUCAAAGUAAUAACGGAUCCAAACCACAAAAUAACAUAUGAACCAGUCUCUAAUCCAUGGCUUCUUGAUAUUAUGAAGAAAUGUCUUGCAUGGGACCGCAAUGAGAGAUGGAGGAUUCCUCAGCUACUUGAACAUCCUUUUCUUGUGCCCCCAGUUCCUCCACAAUCAUCUUCCUCUCAGAAUAAAAAUGUUAAAUUGCUUCAACUUAUGGCUGAAGCUUGUGGAAAUGACCAGGAGGCUUCCAUGAUAUGUCUUCAGCUCAGCCAACUCCUAAAGGACCCACUCUCAUCGGCUACUGAGCUAUCAACAUCACGUGUGCAACAGUGUAAGUUGCUCUUGCAAAUGUCAAAGCUUUGCUAUCAGCUCCAGGAAUGUUUAGCAAAGUCAGAAGCAAAGUAGGUAAAAAUGCGAGUUUGUAAAUCAUAAUGUUUGUUAUAUCAUCAACUCCUGAAUGUUCUUUUGGGCUAUAUAGAAUGUUUAAAUAUGCAGAAUUCUGUUAUACCCCUUUGUAGCAAAAAUAUUGUAUUAAUUGUGUUCAUUAUCUGUGCCAUCUGCUCCCUUGAUUAGAGCUGUC